AUGGUGUUCAAAGCUCUAAUGGGCGGCGGCAGUCGCGACGACCUGAGCUCUCGAGGCUCCGUCCGUCGCAAGUCUUCCAACCCCGGUGGUGAAGACUCUUCUCGCACAUCUUCGUCCCGCCGUCAAUCGAAAAUCUCUUCCGCUUCCAGCGUAUCUUCCAGCCGUAGGUCAACACGGGGUGACGACCGUGACCGCGGCCUGGGAGAUAUAAGCGCCAGCCGAAGCAUAACGGGAGACUCGACCACAACCUAUGUUACAGCCGAACCAGGCUCAUAUGUUGAUGAACCUUUAAUAAUUGAACGUACGCCUCGAUCGGAUCGCGGCGAUGAUCGGCAGAGGACAAGCCGCGAUGGUGGUGAUCGCGAUUCGAGGCGAAAGUCAGAAAAACGAUACUCGGAAGAGCGGUCGAGCAGAGAUGACACAAACGGCCGAGAUCGUACGCGGUCUCGUACAAAGUCCGGGGAUACUGCUGCGCAUUUCGCUGCUGAGAUUGCGAACCCAGAAUUCAAUCAAUUCCCCAUGCAAUAUGAUUCCUCUAAUAUACCUGGCACUGCGGCUCCUCAUCAUCCUCCGCUAGAUUCGCAUAUCUCGCAACAAUUUCCUGGACAAUUACCAGAAACGACAACGCAGCCCUAUAUACCGCCAAAUCCUGCAGGGUUUGCUGCCGAUUACUAUAAUGAUCAGGGCCAGUCAGUCGCCCACCAACCGGGAGUGCGCCCCCAGGCUCCAGACAUUAUCGUAGGUGCCGAACCUCAUUUGCAACCGGCAUCUCCCAUGGCGAACCCUCCUCCCGAACCAAGCAGUCUUGGUCAAGUUGGCGCGGCAGCCGAGUACUAUGCUGGCGACGAUUCGUUUGCAACUUCGGCUGCCCCCGCCUCUUCAAAACCACCGAAACCAAGCAAACCCUCAAAGCCAUCUUCUUCUAGACCUCCCAAGCCAACGUCUGCAUCAUCUAUUAUUGGGGAGGCGGCUACAUUUGGUAUCGGCUCGGAAUUGAUGAACCAGGCCAGCGUCAACUAUCCCACGACGUCUGGUAGUCAGUCAAGACCUCCAGUGCAAGCAACAGGAGGUUCUUCGUCUUCCCACAAUGGUGUAGGUUUGGCAUUAGGAGGCGCGGCAGCAGGGGCUGCUGCUGCUUAUAUGAUCAAUCACCACAGCGAUCACUCAAACUCAAAUACGCAACACACUAACCACCAUACCGAAUCAUAUGGAAUAGGCAUUCCUACAACCGGAAACUAUCAGCAGCCUUCCUUCCAAGGAAAUACUGGUCCAUAUGCGCCACCCGGAUAUGCAAAUCAGCCUCCAUUGGGGCCUUCCUAUCCUUCUGGAGGUAUGCAGCCCGGAUCGCUGGCUUAUCAUCAAAAACAUCAUGGACCGCUUUCUGCAUUUGUCGACUUCUGGAGAGACCCGGAAGGAGUUGGCAAGUUUGAAGACUAUACUGAGGCUAUCGGAGUGUGCAAGUAUUGUUUCGAGCCCGGCACUUCGUCCAUAGACGCCCCGCGAAAGCAUCACCAUGACCGACGAAGGCGUUCCCCUGUCGUUGACAGAUACGGCAGUAGCAGUCGAGUAAACAAGUUGACUCGUUACAACUCGUCUGAGGAUGAGAGCCGACGCAAGAAGUCGAAAGGUAGUUCGUGGUUGGCUGGCGGUUUAGCUGGUGGACUUGCCGGCUAUGUAGCCAAGUCCUUAUUCAGCAGUAAAGACUUCGAGGAUACCUAUAGUGUGCGAUCCGGUACUCGCGUCGAGUCAUCGCGCCGUAAUACCUACGACGAGGAGAUUAUGGCGUCUUCCAGCAAGGCUAGUUCCACAUCCCGCGGCGUGAUCUCGAAGAAACGAUCGAGUGAUGACAAGACUUCAGUGCCAAAAGACUCUAAAUCUUAUCGUUAUUCACAUCGCUCCUCUCGCUCGCGUUCACGGUCAACCUCUAGAGAUCGCCGAACAAGUAGUGGUCUCAAAGAAGCAGCUGUUGGUGCGGCUGUUGGUGCAGCUGUCGGCUCUGCAAUGACUGCAGCUGUAACGCGGUCUUCUGAGCGGAAAAGGAGUAAAGACAGAUCUAUGCAACGUCACAGAAGACGCCAAUCUGACUCUUCAGGAAGCAUCAACUUUGAGCGCUCCCGAGGACGUGGCAGAUCUAGUCCCAAAAGUUUCAAAUCAUUUUUCACCGCUCCAUCAGCUAAUCGUCGUAAGAAAUCUUCAAGGAAAGAACGGGGAUUUUUCUCCCUUGGAAACUCGUCUUCUUCCUCCGGCGAUUAUGAUCUAGCCUUUGGCGGCUCCGAGCUUUUUAGCUCGACAAUAAGUGGUCGAUCCAGCAGGUCGAGCAAGUCGGGCAGAAAGCAAAACGUCGACGCCGAGAUCUUGGGCCUAGGGUUGGCAGCUACGGCGCUUGCGCGUUCAUCAUCACGCAAAGAGAUAUCACCUCGUGAUCUUGCUCGGCCCCCAAACUACGGACGACCUACAAAAGUCGAGGAUGAUGAAUGGGAAGAUGCGGAAUCUUCGGAUUCUGCCAUUUCUACGAACUUGGCUUAUGGUGGAAGUGCAAUUUUUGGAAGCUCGGAAUCUGUUACUUCUGGAUCAUCCUUUUGGCCUAGGAGAUCAAGCUCGCGCAAGCAAAAGAAAGCCCCGAAACAGUACUCACAACCUUCUCCUCCAUCCAACGACUAUCCCUACUAUCCUAAUGAUUACGCUAGUCAAGGCGGCUCUAGCGGUAGAGGUAGUCUUCAGCAAGUCAUUCCAGUUCCGACAAGCGACCCGACACGGUUUGAUGUCGUGCGGAUGUCGACAUCUUCUUCUCCAAAUAUACAGCCUCCGUUGGUAAGGCCAGGCCCGAUACCUCUUCAGCAGCCCCAGCCUUUUACCCCAGUGUCCCAAUCGGUUUACUAUCCUACCGUCACCGUACCCAUAGAUCCUCUUGUGCAACGCAUUGGCCUGGAGGACCAUUCGACCCGGGAUAUACCUCAUCGUCGCAGAAACUCCUCUCCUGUUUUGCCCACAGUGCCUCUCGAUGGACCGUCCCCAGGAAUUCUCAAGCGGAGAUCGACAGCAAAAGACUCGGCAACAGUUUCAUUUGACCUCACGGAAGAACAGACAGACAAACAACAAGAAGUUGACCGCCGUGACAAAGAGCGCCUGGAGCGUCGGCGGAAAGAAGAGUUUGCUGUUUUGCGUGAAGAAUCAGCUGAAUUAGCCGAGCUUGAGCGCCGUCGUUUGGAUAAAGAGAGGAGAAGAGAAGAACGCCGUCGCCGUGAAGAAGCAGAGGCUGAGGAGGCCGCUCGUGAGGCUCGACGAGAGCGACGCCGUAAGGAAGCGAAGAUUGAUGAUCGCCCAUCGGUCCUUUCGAAUGGAGAAAGGAAGGACGUCGUGGAGGAUGUGCCACCCAAGACUGACGAACGGAACGAGCCUUCGUCAUCUGCAUGGGUUACACCGGCAAUUGUAGGUGCUGGCGCUGCUGUUGUCGCAGGGGCUCUAGCCGAAAAGGCAUUCGAAGAUGAUCGGUCCAGUGCAACUACUAGUCGCCACGAAGAACGCCGAGAAAAACGGCGAUCUGAACGGCGUAACGCCUCAGGAAGCCAAUCAGAAGCGACAGAGGUCCCUCGUGAAGUGCCUACUCAAGCAGUUGUGAGAGAAGACGACGACGAGCACAAGGAGCUAGAACAGCGUAUUGCCAGAAUUGCCGCUUCACGUAUUAUCCAGAACCAGAGUCCUACCACCGCUCACGAGAGUUAUGAAGAUUUCUUCAUGCCGGAUGACUUACGACACCACGAAAAUCAUGAGGAUUCCACCCCUAAUAUCGUCGAAAUUGUUCCACGUUCCGAACGCCGCGUGGAACCAUAUCUUGGUAGUGAUCUUGAUCAGCCAGAUCCAUCGUGGCCACCUUUGGUCAUUAAUAUCAUCAAACCCACUCCCCCGGGCAGUUAUGACGGUUCUGUGAGAGAUGCUCAUUCUCCUGUACCGACACCAGAGCCAAUAGAGGAAGAGGAGCCGAAAGAAGAGGUUGAACCGACCACCGUCCGUCCAACCACUGGCUCUAGAGUUUCGUGGGGUGAAUAUCAAUUCCACGAGUACGAAGUUGAGACACCUCUCUCGGAUAGGGAAGAGCAUUUUGAGGAGCCUGAUCCCCACGAUGCUUCCGUAUCACACGAAUAUCAUGACGGUGGAAAGAAAUAUGAGGCCUUCGUCGAAGAGCAGCCUGUAUCUCGUGAAGUUGACAAGACUGAGUUCAACUCCAAACACUCAAUGCCAGGUAGUUUUGAUGACGCUGAUGACACUGUUGCGUUCGCUGCCACACUUGCUGCUAGCGCUGAAAUAGCCGGCUUUGGUUCCACUGUUGUGACCGAUGAUGCCAGAUAUUACGGCAAGGAUCCCUUGUCGAAAUUCAAAGACACCUAUCAACCUCCUGGUGUCGAAAGUGUUACCGAUCUUGGUGAUGCUGUGUCAGUGCAAUCAGGAUCAUCAAGAAAGGGAAACCGUGCACUGGAGUCUUUUGAUUUCGAAGACGCUCAUACCGACGUGAAAGAGUUGUCUUCAACUCCUUCCCAGUCAAGCAAAGAUAGGCAAACUGGGACCCGGUCUAUUGCCGUUACAGAGCCGGAAGAUGUCACUAGGUCCGAGAUUUCUGACCAUAAGUCAAGCAAGGAAUUGCGCGAUGACACCGGCGAUAGUUUGCCAUCAUCCCCUGUCAAAGAUGAGAGCAAAAAGUCGAAGAAAAAAAAGAGACGAUCCAAGACGCUAGACGAUUUUGAUAUUGAAUCGGAAGAGCGCUCAUCACGACGAUCCGCUUCAAGUGACUACUCCGAGAGUAAACGACAAGGCAAGUCCGACGAUGUAGACUUUGAGGCUACAUUGAAGCGAGUAUCAUCGGCACCUGUGACGGGCGAUUGGAUCGAAGAAGACAAGGAAAGACGACAUCGAAAAUCAAAACACAGUAGUUCAGACCGUACUGAAUCGCUAGAUGGCGUUCGAUCUGUUGCCGCAUCAGCGCCAGGAGUGGAUGAGUUGGAGGAGUACAGGUCCCGCAGAUCUUCUCGCAAGUCAAAAGAUGAUGACGAAGACCUCGAGGACGACAGCCGUUCUCUCCCCGAUGAAGACGACGACGGAGAAAGGCGUAGACGGCGCAAACAUAAACGACACAGCGGAAACUUUGAUGACGCAGCCUCGGUAGCCUCCUCGCCAGCAAAAAUAGAUGAGACUACUCGCGAGAAGCGUCGCUCACGUGAAUCAUCGACAGCCUCCCCUCAGCGGUCGAGAGAACCCGAGAAGAAGAGCGGUGGACUUUUCGGCAGUCUUUUCGGGUCAAAGACAAAUCUAGAACGAUCUUCAUCUACUUCAGGAAAACGUGAAACACAGUCAGAGAUUGGUGUUGACGAAACUACGUCUGAGCGUAGACGCAAGAAGAAGUCUUCUUCGCGUAGCAGCUUGAGUGGUGAUGGAAUUGAUGGAUGGGAUGCGGCAAGCGAAGCCGCACAAUCUUCAAUGGAUCUCUCUCAGCCAAGUAAGGCCCUGGACGGCGAAGGUGAAGAGAACGAGAGUCAAUCAUCCCGAAGAAAGAGAAGAGAGCAAAGGCGGCGGGACAAGUAUGAGGAGAUUGUUGAUUCGGCUCGCGAUGCAUCAGAGAAGGAUCGACAUACCACCGCCGACGAUCAGGAUGACGACAAGAAGUCUUUUUUAGGGAUGCGCCCCGAAAUGCCACCGGUAAAUAGUCUCGAAGAAGAUUCGACUAGAGAAUUCGUGGGUGGUGCUUCGGGGCUAGCUAUUACUACACCAGCACUUGGGCCUGGCGGCAUGAGUAUCGAAGAUCAGCUGCAGGAUGUAAACCAGCGUCUCAGAAGCCGUUCCGUAUCCCCUUCGACGGCUGAAAAGACGUUCGAGUUGGUUCCCAGAUCUCUAAGUCGACCAGCUUCGCCCGGAGGUAGCAAUCAAGAAGAGAAGGAGUUGAGAGCACGACGUUUGUCGCUUUUGCGAACGAGCGAUUCGUCUACGGCUGUUCCUUUGCAUUUCCGGAAGCCACCUACAUCGCCCAAUAGCUCCCGACGUGUCUCGAUGACCUCCCCUGCGCAAUCGCCUAGUUCACCACGACCAGGUCAUCGACGCCCUAAUUCCGUUGAGUUCAAGAAUGUGCGUGAGAUUCGCCCACUCUGGCUCGUCGAGAGACACAGCACCAGCAAACUCGACGUGGAACCUGAGGGACCCUUCCCCUCCCUUCCAUCCAGCAAGACAUCAUCCCGCAGUCCGUCCGUCGAAAACCUCCGCGAAGGCUUCGACGACGGCGAAGACGCUGUGACGGGUUUCUUCAUGGGUGGCGGUGACUCAGCCUACAGCUGGGGUCGCAAACCCGUCGAUCUCCGCAUCUCCACGGACCAAUCACCCGCCGAUGAAGACGAUUUCCUAAACUCACAACAAGCGACUCCUACAGCUGAAACGUACAACGACAACAGCAAUGACAGUAACAAGCAGUUUGGUCCGCCGCCGAUCAAAAAGGAGAAGCCGAGAUAUGAGUUCCAUUCGCCGUCAGAGCUGCUGCAGGAUCCGAAUACGUAUCAGUCUAUGGUUCCUGAGCUUCCGGAGUCGUUGGAUCGGUUGCCUUCCGUUGCGGGGUCAGAGUUGGGUGGGAAGGAAGUUGAGUUGAAGUUGGAAACACCUGUGGUGGAAUCGACAAGGGAAGUUGAAGAAUCGUUGACAUCACAUGAGGAUCGACCCAAGGAACAGAACGGCGGUCUUUCAUCAUUCCUGGCAGGUGCAGGCUUUGCCUCUGUGGUUGAUACGGCUGUUUCUGCUGCUGUUCGUGACACGGAACCAACCGCAAAGCACGUCGAUGAGCAUGAACCGACUUUAAAGGAACUUAAUGAGGAUCCUGUUCGUCUGGAGCAAGUGCCAACUUCAUCUAAGCCCGAAAGUGUUGGAGGCUUUGGCAACAUUGUGGAUGCUGCAGUUGCGGCUGCGGUCUCGAAGCAUGUUUCUCAUGAUGAUGUAAUUGAUUUUGAUCAUGAUCAAUCCAUCAAGGCAAGCGAAAAUAUUGCACGGGAACACACUCCUUCUUCCAACGCUGGCCUCUUCGCAGGCAAUGUGGAUGCCGCUGUCGUAGCAGCUGCUGGUGAAGACCUCGCGGAAGCAGGCCUAGCCAAAGAUGUUGAAGUACAAGAGUCUGCCGCGCAAGGCCAAGAGACGGAAGAAAUUCCUCCUCCUGAACCUACCGUCGAAGAAGACUCCAAGACUGUCGCCGAAGAAGUCGGCUCCGGUACCUCCAAGAAGCAGAAACGGAAAGACAAGAAAAAGAAAAAGAAGAGCAAAGAUCUCGACGCUCCUGCUGAUGACAAUGAUGAAGUCGAGACGACGACCACGACCACUGCUUCUAUUUCUAUAGUUGAAUUAGACUCUUCCGCACAACCCGAGCCAGUCGCGGAACGGGCCGCAGAACCAAUCGAUGAGCCUUCGACAGUUGCAGAACAACAACAACAACAACAACAUGUAUCGGAAGAGAUAGAAAUCAAGGAUAAUACUCCAGAAAUUUCGAACGAUCAACUGCUUGCUGCUGAAUCUCAGGUUGUCGUUGAAGAAACUACUCGUGAAAUCGAACUUCCCAGCUCAAAUGUGGGGACUGAAGCGGUCACCGCAUCUGCGGAGAACGAACAGACUACUGCAAGCACCAAUGAUCAAUCACCACAUGUGGCAGCGGUGCCUGAAGAUGAAGGAUCUGCUUCUGUGGCAGCAACGGCCUCGAAAUCUUCAAAGAAGAAAAAGAAGAAUAAGAAAAAAUCUCUUAGUUUAUCGGAAUCGGUUUCUAGUGAGACACCCGAAGCUGCUUCGAAUGAACCACAGGUUGAUACUUCUGUGAUUGUCACUGAGGAGCCAAAGUCAAUUGAUGAGCCAGCUGAGGAGAAGCCUGUGCCUGAAAGUUCUUCUGCGAGCAUGCCGGCUGAGAAUUUGGAAGUCACUGCUACUGAGGAUGUGACUCCUUUCGAGGAGAAGCAACAACCGGAGCCUGAAGUAUCAGAGUCUGUCGAGAAGUCUGCAUCUGUUGAAGGUGAUGCUGUUGCUGUCGAGCAGGAUUCCCAGGUAACCUCAGGUAUUGAACAAAACCAAUCCCCCGACAGUCCCGUCGAUGAAUGGUUUGACUCAGCAGAGACCGCAGAAGUACAACCAACUGAACCAGUGGAAAUAGCGCAAGAGGCUGCACCUGCAGACAAGGAAAUACAGACCCUAGAAGUCUCUCAAGAUACCACCGCUAGUGCUGAGCCAGUUGAGACAAAGCAGGAGGAAGAGCCAGUUACAACUUCAUCAAGCAAGAAGAAGAACAAGAAAAAGAAGAAGGGUCAGUCUUUGUCUAUUGAUGAGACCGCUCCACAAGAGACGACUCAAGAACCUUCUGAAACAGCCUUCCAGUCACAGCCCGAGAGUGCAGAAGCCCCUUCUCAUGAGGGUGAAGUUGUACAGCCGGGUGAUUCUGAGAAUCAAUCCAAGGACGUCGAGGAAGCGCUCGCAGAAUCCUCUGGAUCCUUGCCUGUUGAAACCGAAGAAUCCGCGCCAAAGACAGAUGAUAUUUCAAUAUCUGCUGUUCCAGAGGUUGAGUCAACAACUGAAGUUUCCGAAGCCGUGGCCGAGGCCGUGACGGAAAGCGAACCGUCAGUAAUCGCACCCGAGCAGACCGAAGAGGCCAUCGAACCGCAGACAAUCGAUGCUCCUGCCGAACUUGUUUCAUCCGAAACAUAUCCUUCAGAGGCUGAUACCAUCUCUUCUGAUCAGUUAACAAAGGAGAUUGAAGCAGCAGAAGCGACGCCAACCCAAGAAAUUUUCGAAGAAGUCUCUUCUACGCUUACCAAAUCAAAGAAGAAGAAAGGCAAAAAGGGAAAACGAGUGUCUUGGGCUGAAGGAGCCGACUUUGCUGUAAUGUCCGAGCCUGAGACUCCCGCAUCUGAAGAGACCGCGCCUGUGAUAACUUCGGAAGAGCCUUUGCCUACCGCCGAAGAAGAAACAGUGGUACCUGCGUCUGCCGAACCUGAACUCCCCAUUGAAGCUGAGGCUGAGACCUCGCGGGAAGUAGAGGCAGAUGUGCCAACACCAGCAGAGACUAUUGAUUCUGCUGGCCCCUCAAGCGUCGAUGCUGAGCCUGCUCUAACCUUCGAGCCAUCUUCUACUCCUGAAUUUGUGGAGAAAGAACGUUCUACCGAAGCUCAACCCGAACAAAAAGUUGAAGAAGUAGAGAACCUCGAGGACCAGCCUAUCUCCUUACUAUCCGAUUUUUCCCAGCCAGGCAAUGCCAAAGAACUGCCUGAGGAGGAAGCCGAUCAGUCCGAAUCGGCAAGCUCAAAGAGCAAGCGGAAGAAGGACAAGAAGAAGGAUAAGAAGAAGAAAAAAACUGCCGAAUUAGCUCUUGCAGCGGAUGAGGAACCAUCUCAACCAUCUGAGACGCCUGUCGAGGAACUUGCCAAGGAUGUUGUUGAGCAGACUCCUGCCGAAGUUGCAGAACCUACUGAGUCGAUGGCCGUUGAGCAGCUCGCUGCAGAGGAGAAAACGGCAGACAUUGUCCCUGCAGAAACUGCAGAACCUCAAAUUCCUGAAGUCUCAGAGCCUAUUGAAUUGACUCCUGUUGAGCAGCCAACCACAGAUGAGAAAUCGACAGAUGAUGUUCCUGCGGAUGCUCCAGAACCUCAAGUCGCUGAGACCUCAGUGGCCAUCGAGUCAACUCCUGCAGACCAGCCCAUCGUCGAAGAACAAAUCCCAACCACUCUUUUGGAAGAUGCCUCAGAACCCCAAACUCCUGUCACUGCAGAUGAGGUGAGGUCUACUGAUAUUCCACAAGAAGAUGACUUGGUUCAGGAAUCCUCCAAAUCCAAGAAGAAGAAGGAUAAAAAGAAGAAAAAGGCUGCUGCUGCUGCUGUGGCAAUUCUCUCAACAGAACAAGUUCCACCUGAAACGCCAGUCACUGAAGAGGCCAAGGAAACUACCGACACCUUGGUUUCUGACAACGCGGAAAGGACAGAAGAUGCUAGUGUCGAAGAACCCAAGCUGGAUGAUGCAAAGGAGAUUAAUGUUGAAGAGCUGGUAGCAGAGCAGAUCUUAGAGGAGCCCGUCCAACAAUCCACCUCAGAACCUGCUCAGGAGACUGUCCAAGAGCCUGUGGGAGAGUCUGUUCAAGAGCCGGUUGAAGACCCCGUUGAAGAACCUGUCCCGGAGCCUGUCCCGGAGCCUGUGGAAGAGACGAAGGUCGUGGAUCUUGCAGACGAUGUGCCUACCCAAGAGACUUCUAAAUCCAAGAAAAAGAAGGAUAAGAAGAAGAAAAAGGCCGCCGAGGCUCUCCUGCAAGAAGAGGAAUUACUCAAGGAGGAACCUUCAGAUUCUUCUCCAACUACGCCUGUCGAAGCUCCUGAACAGAUGGAGUCGGCAUCUCAAGACCAUCAACUUCCAGAUGAACAGAAGACGGAAGAUGACAUUGCUGCCUCAACGGAAGACCCUCAACCAACUGAAGUUUCCGCGGAAGAAGUGAAGACUCCUGACGUCACAGAGAAUGAUGAGUGGCCCCAAGAGACCUCCAAGUCCAAGAAGAAAAAAGACAAGAAAAAGAAAAAGGCUGCAGCGCUUCCCUUGGAUGAAGAGCCGACUCCAUCCUUACCAGUCGUCGAAGAGGCGGAAGCAAAGCCCAUUGAAGCUGAAGCUGAAGCCGAAACGCCUGAACCGCAAGAACUACCUGUUAUCAGCGAGGUGACAAAGGAAAUCACUGAAGAGCAGACUGCAGAGCCUCAGACUGCAGAAAUGCCCGUCGAAGACGUGAAGCCUGUUGACAAUGCUGAAGACGAUGACGGGGCGCAGGAGACUUCUUCAAAGUCGAAGAAAAAGAAGGACAAGAAGAAGAAAAAGACGGGGGCAGCUCUUCCUUGGGAUGAACCUCAAACACCUGUCAAUGAAGAUGUAGCGGAAACGGUCGAGACUUCAAUGCCCGAGACACAAGAUUUACCUGCUGUGGAGGAACCGAAAUUAGAGUAUGUUCCUAACGACAAGGAUGUAGUAGCUGAAUCUACAGAAUCUCCCGUUGAUGCUGUAUCAACCGAGUCACAAGAUUUGCCUGUUGCGGUGGAAACAAAAUCGGAGGAAGCACUCAAAGACCAAGAUGUACAACCUGAGAUUGCAGAAACUCCCGUUGAAGAUGCCAAGGAGAUUCCUGUUGCAGAAGACGAGUGGGCUCAGGAGACUUCUUCCAAAUCAAAGAAGAAAAAAGACAAGAAAAAGAAGAAGGCGGCCGAAGUACUCCCAUUGGACGAAGAGCCCGCUCCAUCGGAAAAGCCUAUUGAUGACCAACCUCCUGUUGAUACCGCGCCCUUGGUCUCCCAGGCUCCAGAAGAAACCAUCGUGGAUGACAAGAAACCAGACGAUUCUACCGAAGUCCAAGGCACAGAGACUCAGAUUCCUGAAACACCUGCAGAAGAGACGAAGCAAGUUGAUACUCCCGAAGACGAUAGCUGGAGUCAAGAAACCUCGAAGUCAAAAAAGAAGAAAGACAAGAAGAAGAAUCGAAAGUCGCUUCAAUUAGAGGUCGCCCAGGAGGAAAGCACGCCUGAUGUUGCUGUUGAAGAGACAAAAGACACCCCCGAGACUACACCAGCUGUUGAGGCCGCUCCCGUUACUGAGGAUGUUACGGCAGCAGUUGACGAACAAACGGAGGUCGACACUGCUGAUUUGCAAACGCACGCAGUUCCACAAGAAGAGUCUGCCCCAGUUCAGGCUGAGAUCAUUGAAGAUGAAGGCUCUACUUCCAAGUCUAGCAAGGCUAAGAAAAAGAAGAACAAGAAGAACAAGUCCAAGGAUGAGCCAAUGCCAUGGGAUGAAGAGCCUUCAGUCAAGACGCCAGAGAUUCAGCAGGAACCCGUUACUGAUCAGCCAGUUACAACCGAUGACGCUCCCAUCGUAGAGUCUGCUCGUGAUCUAGAGACAGAUGAAAUUGUUGAGUCUACAGAACAAGAAAAGCAGGAGUCCGAGCAGCCUACUGAAAUCAUUGCAGAAGGUGAAGGGCUUCCCGUGAGCACGCAUGCAGAGACUUUGGAGUCCACCAUGCUUCCACAAUCAGAGCAGCCUCAACUGCCUACGGGUGAAUCUGUUUCAGUCCAGCCCGAAGAAUCGGCAAACCAAGACUCGUUGAACGCUACAGAACUUGCAGAGCUUCAACCUCCUACAGACAUCACAGAGACUACCGACGCUGUCGAGGAGAGCCUUCAUGCUCCCCCAACCCCUGUCGUGCUUGAAGACACAACUACAAACGACAACGAAUCAUCGCAAGCCAAGUCUGGGAAAAAGUCCAAGAAAAAGAAAAAGCGUGAUUCAUUGGCUUGGGACGAUGAAGCUACAGAGCAACAGGAAUCUUCGACAGCUCCUAUCGCAGUUGAGGGCGGAUAUGAGAUUCCCUUGAACGACUCGCAAGAAAAGCAGCCCGAGCCGGCGUCUACUGAGGAGAUUCAGUCACAGCAAGAACCAGCUAUUCAAGAAUCCAAGGACCUAGACUCUGUUGAUGCUAAUGCGGAUCUGGAGAACGAAGGUUCGGCUGCAGUUACAGAACCGACCAGGCAACUAUCUGCAAAGGAGAAACGAAAGGAAAAGAAGAAACAGAAACGUUGUACACUUGACCUGGCGGACGAACCAAGCCCUGCGGUUGCAGACGAUAUCCCUGAGGUGACUGCAUCCGUAGAACCACCCAUGCUGGAUGAUCAACAAAAAGACGACACAGAAGCUCCAGAUGACUUUGCGCCGGUUGGGAAGAAGAAGGGUAAGAAGAACAAGAGGCAAUCGGUAAGCUGGGAGGAGGAGAUCAUUCAAGCGGUCGCCGAGGAGGAACCGAAACCCGACGAGACUGAACAAGCGACCGAAGAAUCCGACUCGAAAACCCCGCCUCUAAACGAAGAUCUCGAAUCGGGACCAAGUCAAACAGAGAAUGAACUGCAGGAGACGCCUGUUGAAGUCGAGGGUAAAGAAACUUUUCAGUCUUCCGAAGAGACUCACACCGACCAGAAAGAGAAAGAUUUCGAUUGGACUGAUAACAUGGUGUCUCCGCAGGUACAAUCUCAGACAGAAGAAUCUCCCUUCCCGGUUCGUUUCCCGAUUUCUGAUGAACGCGAUGAUCCCGACCAAAUCCACCCUACUACUACUGUAGAUGACUCUCAGAGCCACGAAAUUGUAAUUCCUGACACUGUGGUGGAAGAUCAACUCCCAGCUGCUGGACAACAAGAUGAAGGACCAACAGAACUCUCUACACCUGAUGUUCAGUCCGUCAAACAAGAGGCAGAGGAUAUUGACUGGACAGCUUCGAAAAGCUCAAAAAAGAACAAGAAGAAGAAGAAACAAAAGUCAAUCGCCACUAUGCCGGAUGAAAGUAUAAUCACCGAAGAGAGUUCUCCAAAGACUCCGCUUGAACAAGACGACAAUCCCAACACAGAACCCGAAUUUGUCCAAACUGAUCAACCGAGGGAAAUUCAAGAGGAGCAUGCCGUUGUUGAAGACUCGCCCCUAAUCCCAGACUCGGUGUCUCUACAAGUUGUCGACAAUGAACAACCGAGAGAAACUCAAGAAGAACCUUCCGUUGUUGAAGAGGUGCCCCUGGUCUCAGAGCCAGCGCCUCCGAUGGAAGCCAUUGUCGAAGAAGAGUUCAAACCUUCCAGUUCCAGCAAGAAGAAAGGCAAGAAAAACAAAAAGAAGUCUGAUGCCUGGUCACUUGAAGAGCUUGGCGAGUCCAUUGAAAACAAGAAUAUUGAUCAACUUCCUGCCCAGCAAUCAAGUGACUCAGUCGAAGAGGUAAUUGCGAUUGAUAGUGACAAGACUGAAGUGCCGGAAGAAACACCACUCGCACCAGAACCAGCACAAGAGGAGAUUGUGGAGGAUACGACUGUGAUUCCUAAGGAAAUACAGGAAGAAAAAAGUCUCCCGCAAGAAGAGCUUCUCGAAAGCGAGACCGCACUAAUUCCUGAACUCCCUAGUCGCAAGUUGUCAAAGAAAGAAAAGAGAAAGAUGAAGAAAGGGAAGAAGAUAGAUCUUGAGGAAGAGGAGCCAGUUGCGGAUAUUGUUGAGGAGGAGCAAGCAGAAACUGUCAUCAGCGAGAAGGUUCCAGAGACUGUUCAAGAGAAACUCGAUAGCGUGCCAGCCAUUGAUGACACUCCUAUUAUCGAUGAGAAGCCUGCUGAAACAGAAUUAGUCGUCGAUGAGGCUUUUAUUCCAAUCGAAGAACAGCAGGUUGCCGAUGAGAACCCUGCUAUUACAGAGCCCUCUACCACUAUCGAAGAGCAGCAGGUUACGGACAUGAAGCCUGCAGAGCUUGUCCUUGAGGAAGUUCCUAUCAGUACCGAAGAACAGCAGGUUGCCGAUGAGAAGCCUGCUAUUACAGAACCAGUUCUUGAGGAGCCCUCUACCACUAUUGAAGAGCAGCAGGUUGCCGACACGGAGCCUUCAGAGCCCGUCCUUGAGCAGGCAUUUACUACUACCGAAGAGCAGGUUGCUGAUAAGGAAGUUGCGAUUGCACCUGCUCGGGAAGAGCCAGUUACGCGCAAGCUAUCCAAGAAAGAAAAAAGAAAGAAUAAAAAGCGCAUGACAGAGAACUUACCAGCAGAGGAGCCACUUGAGGUCAGUAGCACAGAUUUUGCACCUCAACUGGAUGCUGUUGAGCCUGUUACCACCGAUGAGCAAGAAAAGAGCCCGCUUGGUGAUGUCGCUGUUGAGGAGCCUACUGGUGUUGAACAAUCUGAACACGCUCAUGUAUCACUCGAUCCAUUUGGUGUGCCAGAAGCCGAAGACGAGGGUCAGAAUGAUGCCUCUGUCGAUUGGAUAACCGACACUGAUGUCACAGAUCGAAAAUCUGAGUCAAAACUCGACGCCGAUGCAGCGCUUCGUACACGCCAAUUAGAGCAAGAGGCUGAUCUUGCUGUUGCUGCUUCUCUCUUUGGAGAAUCCGCAGAACCAGAGCCGGAACAAGUUGUUUCACUCCAGUCUUCCAAAAAGCAAAGGGGCAAGAAGGGCAAGAAAGACAAGAAGAACGCUCAACCUGAGAAAGGAACUCCUAAGGAUACUACUAUUACUCCUCAACCUGAGGCAGCUCCAAAGGAAGAGAUUGUACAGGAGGAAAAGCACGAUAGGAAUCCUUCUGGAUCCGCUGAAGCAAUCUCGCGUUCUUGGCCCUCAGUUGAAUUUGACAAUGACUUGUCUCGAACGUACUCUGCAGACAAAAACAUGCACAAGGACAAUGAGCUCGAACCUGAACGUCCAAUUGAGGUCUCAGCACAGGACUCGGUAUCUAUGAUAGACGACUUCCGAGCAAAAGGGCCUCAUGAGGAAACCCCAAGAUCAAUAUCGGAAAACCAGGUGGUCGAUGUAGAAAAAUCAUCUCAACGAGGACAUCGAAGUCAUUCCCCCAGUCAAAAAGAGGAUGUGGAUAUGAUAAUUUCUACUACAAUGACUGCUGCAGGUUUCUUUCCUUCCACAGUCACAGCGCCUGCAGAAAACAAUGCGUUUACGGAUAUACAGUCUACGAGUGGAAUGUCAAGGGAACUAUCUGAUUUCUACGAGCAUCGUGAUGUAUUCAGUGAUGGGCAUUCGAAAUCCUCCUCAAUUACAACCAUUGAGGCUCAUAAGGAAGGAAAAAAGUCAAACAAGAUCGUCGACCUCUUUCCAGGCCUCGAAAGAGUUAAGUAUCGAAAGCCUUCUCCCAAACCACACGAAAAGAAGGCCGGUAAUACCCUUACUGUGGAAGAGCGGAGCUUGCCAACAGAAACUCCUGUCAGGAGUCUCAAGAAGACCCAGUCAACCCACCAUAUCUCGAGUCGCGAGUUGCCUGCCACUAUCGAAUCAACAUCCAAAGACCGAUCUGCCUCACUUCUCUUUGACUCUUCUCCAUCAACCAGGCUAGAACCCACACCUGAUACUACACGAAGAAUAUCUUCAUCCCCAAAUCGAUUACAACAUCAAACAUCCAGCGGCUCUCUACACCGUACGCAGUCGAUCCAUGGCCACCACUCGGGCACAUCACGCAGCUGGCAGCUUGAAGACGAACUUACACCGACUAAAAGAGCAAGUAGCCAAUCUCCACAACCUCUUCUACACCGUGACAACCUUGAAGGUCUUUCUCCGCCACGAACACCUCUUGAUCCCAUCAAGGAACAUGACGGCCCUCGUUUACCGUCGCCUUCUCCACGACUUGUGGUUGGAGAAGGACCAUACAAGCUGGAGCGACCGGACAGCCGUAGCAGCGUCAGAAGCUCGCGGUCCCUACGAAAGGCCAAUCGCAGCAUCAGCGGUGAUCUUCGAGCAGUGGCAGCAGCUUCACAAGCCCAAGAACAACGGUCUAACCACGAUUGGCCUAGCGCCGAUGUCGAUAAGGAUGGCCACAAAAAUGGAAAGGCUGGGCGCCAAGAAGUGGGGCAUCCCCAGCCACUCAACCCAGCAGAAACCCACAACGACCUCCUGCAUGACAACAAUGACAACCACAACGAUGACUUCGACCGCCGACGUCUCGAAAACAUUCCUUCUUCCUCAUCAUACGAUCCGGUAACCGAUAAGGGCAAGCGCCCUGUCCGAGGCAUGUCUGAUGUCUACGAGGGAUGGGGCGAGACUCCAAACUCACCGCGGUCGCCGACCCGACCACCCAGCGUUAGGCGCCGCCAGAGCAUGCAACAUCUCCAAGAACUCGAGACAAGACUAGAUCAAUUGAUUUCCGAAAAUCGAUUGCUAGCCGCGGCAAAGGAUGCGGCCGAACAAAGGCUAUCGCGCGUGGGUCUUGCUCGUCGCAAAAGCGACCAAGCUCUUAAUACCAGCAAUGCCGACCUGAGAGAUAAGGAAGCCGAGAUUGCACGAUUGACAAGUUCAUUGGAAUGGAUGCAAAGCGAGGUGCAAAGGUUGACAGACGAGAAUGAAGCGGUAAAUGCGAAGCACACCGAACUGACUGCGUCGCAUGUCCGUGAAGUUGAUGGUCUCCGUACCCGUCAGCUCGAACUUGCGUCGGGUAUGGAAGGAAUUGUGCGCGAACAGAUAUCCGCAGCUUUGGCAGAAAAAGAUGCAGAGCUUCGUCGACUUCGUGACGAGCUUGCUGCAGCCCGCCAAGCAGUACAAGAAUUACAACAACAGAUUGUCGCAGCAACAGCGGAUGAUGUACUCUCUAUCCACGACGAGGACUACUUUGGCAAUUCAUGCCAACGUCUGUGUCAGCAUGUCCAACAAUGGGUUCUGCGAUUCUCCAAGCAUUCCGAUCUUCGCCGUUGUCGUCCGUUAUCCGAAAUACGAAAUACCAAUGUUGCGGAUCGAUUUGACAAUGCUAUUUUGGACGGCUCGGAUAUCGAUACAAUACUCGCUGACCGAGUGCGUCGUCGCGAUGUGUUUGUCGCCGUUGUGAUGGCUAUGAUUUGGGAAUACGUCUUUACUAGAUACCUAUUUGGCAUGGAUCGGGACCAAAGGCAAAAACUCAAACUUCUCGAAAAGCAGCUAUCAGAAAUCGGACCUCCACGAGCUGUCGCUCAUUGGCGCGCUCUAACAUUGACUCUACUCGCCAAGCGUCCAUCAUUCGCGGAACAACGCGUCAGAGACACCGAGGCCGUUGCCCUCGAAAUUAUGGAGACUCUAUCUCAACUCCUACCACCUCCUCAAUCGGCUCAAAGCCAGCUUCUCGAGUCACUGAGAGGGGUGCUCCGGCGUGCAGCCAACUUGUCCAUCGAAAUGAGGACACAACGCGCCGAAUACGUGAUGCUACCACCUUUGCAACCAGAAUAUGACACAGAAGGCGACCUAGCUCGGCAUGUGAGCUUCGAUGCAUCCUUGAUGAAUGAACGCAGUGGAAUCUACAACUCCAAUGAAAUGCUCGAAUCGCAGGGCACUCCAGUCCGCUUAGUGUUGUUCCCACUCGUCGUCAAAAAGGGAAAUGACUUGGGAGAUGGCGACGACAAAAUCGUUGUCUGUCCGGCUCAGGUUCUUGUACCCUGGCCCGAAAUUGAAAAGCCUCGUGAUCGUGAUCGCAUGUCUACUUUGGGCAAUCGAUCCGUGUCAAGCGUGGUGCCUUCCGUUGACAUGAGCAAUAUGAUUUGA